CGGAUCCUUUCUACGUCGAGGCAUCCCGGAUGCGACGGGUCUUGUCCCGCCACCUUCAUGUCUGUCCGAGCGCCUUCUCAAGUCUACCUGCACCCACCAUACGGAUGCGCUGGCAAGGCGGAUUUGCAUUCCAUCUUUUGCGAUCAUGGCGGUGACCUUUCGAGCGCUGUCGCUGGCCGAGGCCGAGGCCGCCCACGCGAUCGAGGUCGCCUCGUACGCGCCUGGGAAGGCUGCGACGUUGACGCAGAUCCGCGACCGCAUCCACGACGCGGGCGACUACUUUCUUGGCGUCUACGAUGCGACGACGCUGGUCGGCUUUGUCAACGGCACGCUCUCGGCGCAGCAAGAACUCACAGAAGACAGCAUGGCCCAGCACCACCCGCGUGGCCGAUACCUCUGUAUCCACUCGCUGGUCGUUGCUGCGUCGCACCGCCGCCAAGGCCUCGCGACCAAGCUCCUCUCGACGUACGUACGCCGGCUCGUGGACAAAACACACGUUGCUACCAUUGCGCUCUUGGCCGAACCGUUGCACGUGGCCUUCUACGUCAAGUGCGGCUUUGCCGUCGUCCGCAUGUCGCCUGUCGCGUACAAUCAAGCGACCGACUUCGAGCUCGUCUUUGACUGCAUCGCCGCGCGCCAGAUCGACGUCGUCGUCGUCGACGCCUUUGCGAAAAGGCCGUACGAAGGCAACCCCGCGGCCGUCGUCGUCCUGAGCUGCCGGCAGUUUGACGCGCCGGGCGUCGAGAACUGGAUGCAGCAAGUGGCCAUGGAGCGCAACUUGAGCGAAACUGCGUACGUGGCGCCGCUGAGCGAAGCGCAUGUCGGGCAGAACGAGUACCGCCUGCGUUGGUUCACACCAGGCUGCGAGAUUCCGCUCUGUGGGCAUGCGACGCUGGCCGCAGCGUUCACGCUGUUUGAAGACGGCCAUUGCGACAACAAGGAGUGCAUUCGCUUCCACACGCUGAGCGGCCUGCUCACGACCCGCUACGUCGUCCAAGCGGACGGGCGCGUCGAGAUCGAGAUGGACUUUCCAGCGCUUCGCAAGCAAGACCACGACGAGGCUUGGCUUUUAGAGACCUUCUCGACGCUCGCGCACGCCCUGCAGAUUGAGAAAUACGACAUUCUCGCGGUUGUCGAGUAUGGCACCAAGGUGCUUUGCCACGUGCGGCCGCCGGCGUACAGCGCGGUGCAGCCGGACUUUGCAGCGCUCGCGACGCUGCCCUGCCAGUCGGUCGUCCUCACGUGCCAAGCGCCGGCAGCGUCAGGAUACGACUUCUACAGUCGCGUCUUUGGCCCGAAGGUCGGUGUGAACGAAGACCCGGUGACCGGCAGCGCCCACUGCGCGCUCGCACCGUAUUGGCACGCGCACCUUCCGACGCACCCGCGACACUUCCGCGCCCGUCAAACGAGUCGGCGUGGCGGCGACCUUGGGGUGCGUCUGACCGAUGACAACCGCGUCUUCCUCACUGGAUCGGCCGUCAUGACGCUGCGGGGAAAGAUGCUUCAAUGACGCUUUACGCGUUGAAGGGUGCGCUUACUACAGUUGAUCCUUCUCGAAAAGAACCGCUAGUUGAGUCACUGGUAAUAACGAAAUGACAUUGCGUCCCGCCGG